GCCACCACCAUGUCCGCCCGCCUCAACCUCGACGAAGAGGUCCGGCUCUACACCACCAACGCCGAGCGCGAGAAGUACGGCCUGCUCGCGACGCUCUUUGGCAUCAUCGUCUCGCUGGAGUACCUCGAGCGCGCGUACGUGCGCGACUCGGUCUCCGCCUCGGAGUACUCUCCCGCAUGUGUCCGGCUGCUGUCGCAGUACAAGACGAUGCUCAAGCUCGUGAACGACGACGUGCCGUCUAUUGAGCAGUUCAUGUCCCGAUAUCGGAUGGAUCACCCAGCCGCGCUACAUCGGAUACAAGUCGGAGUCCCCGCGACCGUCGAGCACUCGAGCGAGGCGGGGCCGGAGACGGCGAAGUGGGUCGCGGAGACGACACAGAACUUCAUCACGUUCGUGGACGCGCUGAAGUUGCGCAUGCGCGCGAAGGACCAGCUGUACCCCGUGCUCCAGGAGCUGGUCACGAGCUGCGCGCGCUUCAAGGGCAGCAAGGACUGGGAGGGCCAGAGCAAGAUGGUUGGCUGGUUGAUUGCGCUGAAUGGUAUGAAAGCAUCGGAAGAGCUCACGGAGGAGCAGGCGAGACAACUAUCAUUCGACAUCGAACACGCAUACGCCGAGUUCUUCAGGAGUCUCAGCGGCAAAGAUGGUGGUACGUGAGAUCUGGCAUGUGAAGGACAGGAGAUGUAAUUAGUAGUUGGGCUGCGACGUUGGGUGGAUGAUAUACAUGUAUACUAUGAC